CUUAUAAAAGAUACCACAAAAUAUUAUUUUUAAAACUGUUUCAAAUAUGCAGACUUCAAUUUACGCAUUUUUGAUUGCUAUUUUUUGCUAUUCAAAUAAUAUUUUAUGUUUGACAAGCACUAAACAUUCCUGCGCUUUGUCAGAGUAUGGAGGAUGUUUAAAAGAAAUUUCUAACAAUGUUAUAGAUACGUUAACAAGACCUCAACAAACUGUUCAUUAUCAUCUCGGGCCCAGAGAUUGUUCCGAAAUCCGAGAAAACGGUGUUACUAAAUCUGGAAUUUAUAGAAUCUGGCCUCUGAACUGGCAUAUUUCUGGUAGUUUUCUGGUUUAUUGCGAUAUGGAAAUUGAUGGUGGUGGAUGGACAAUUUUCCAAAGAAGAGGAAGAUUUAAUCAUUCAGAAGAUUAUUUUUUCAGAAAUUGGAUUGAUUACAAUGUUGGAUUUGGUAACUUAAAUGAAGAUUUUUGGUUAGGAAACGAAAGAAUAUUUUCUUUGACAAAUCAAGGAAAUUAUACUCUUAGAAUUGACAUGAAGGACAAUGAAAAUAACAAGGCUUACGCAUUGUAUAGAGAAUUCUGGAUCGAAAACGAAAGGCAACAAUACAAAAUUCAUGUUUCUGAUUAUAGUGGAGAUGCCGGUGAUUCUUUAGGUGGUCACAAUAACAUGAAGUUUUCUACGAAAGACAGAGACAACGAUAUUGCAGGGGGCAACUGUGCAGAAACUUAUAAAGGUGCAUGGUGGUAUAGUAGUUGUCACUCUUCUAAUUUAAAUGGCCUUUAUUUGAAUGGUCCUCAUAAGUCCUACGCUGAUGGAGUGAUCUGGAAGGAAUGGAAAGGUUAUCAUUAUUCUAUACCCGACGUUGAAAUGAAAAUACGACGAUUUUAACAAGAAAGGUCAUCGAAUAAACUAUAAAAAUUUUUGUAAACGGUAAAAAAUUUGCGAAUUGGUUAUUUUGGAAUAGAAUCUUCUAUUAAAACGUUUAUAGAAUCAUAAUAAAAUACAUUUAUAUUCACUGUUUGAAAUGCAUGUUUUAUGGCACAACCUUCUGAAAAUAUAAUUAUCGCUUUUCAAAUUUUAUCUGUAAAUU